GGCUUCGUCAUCAUUGCUCUACCUCUGACUUACGUGGCUACGUGCUAUGGCGAUGAGCUCUGAGAAAGAAAUAUUUUUGAGGGAGUUCUGCGAGGAUUACGGUUAUCCUAAUGCCCCUAAAAAUAUAGAGCAGAUUAGAGCUACCGAGUUCAAGCGUUUGAAAGGUACUGUGUACUUGGAUCAUGCGGGAGCCACUCUCCAUUCGGAAUCUCAAAUGGAAGAAGUUUUCAAAGAGCUGAAUUCUACUGUUUAUGGAAAUCCUCAUAGCCAAAGCAGCUGCAGCAUGAGUAGUAAUGACCGUGUUCAAGAAGCACGUCAGCAGGUACUUGAAUUCUUUAAUGCACCCCCCUUAGAGUAUAGCUGUAUAUUCACUUCUGGAGCAACAGCAGCUUUGAAACUUGUUGGGGAGACCUUUCCCUGGUGCAGUGAGAGCAGUUUCAUGUAUACAAUGGAAAAUCAUAAUAGUGUUCUUGGGAUUAGAGAAUAUGCACUUAAUAAAGGAGCUACGGUAUUUGCUGUAGAUGCUAGAGAUAAUGAUAAUUCACAAAGCCAUCAAUCUACCUUUAAGAUUUCACACCGCCCGAUACAAAGAAGGCUUGAAGCUGAACUGCUAAAAGAAGGAUCGACAGAAAAGAUUUACAACUUAUUUGCGUUUCCGUCAGAGUGCAACUUUUCGGGUAGAAGGUUCAACCUUGACUUGGUGAACUUUAUGAAGGAAGAUUCAGAUGAUAUCUUUGGCAGCUCUCUGCCUCAUAGAGGCAAGUGGCUUGUUCUGAUUGAUGCUGCCAAAGGAUGCGCGACAGACCCACCAGAUUUAAACAAACACAGGGCAGACUUUGUUGUCAUGUCAUUUUACAAGAUGUUUGGAUACCCGACUGGCCUUGGUGCGCUAAUUGUUAGAAAUGAGGUUGCAAAGCUACUAAGAAAGACCUACUUCAGUGGAGGCACAGUUGCUGCUGCUAUCGCUGACACUGACUUCUUCAAAAGAAGAGCAGGCGUGGAGGAGUUCUUUGAGGACGGAACAUUAUCGUUUUUAAACAUAUCUUCAAUUCUGCAUGGAUUCAGAGCACUCAGUGCUUUGACUGUAUCUUCCAUAUCUCGGCAUACAACAUCACUGGCAACCUAUGUGAGGAGAGAACUAUUAGCUUUGAGGCAUGAAAAUGGACAUUAUGCUUGCACAAUUUAUGGAGUGAAAACUCCACAGAUGUUACCUAGUAAUGUGGGCCCGAUAGUUUCCUUCAAUCUAAAGAGACCAGAUGGGACAUGGUAUGGCUACCGUGAAGUGGAAAAUCUGGCAUCCUUGGCCGGAAUUCAGCUACGGACAGGAUGCUUUUGCAAUCCAGGUGCCUGUGCAAAGUACCUUGGCUUAUCACAUUUGGAUCUUCUGUCAAAUAUUGAGGCUGGGCAUGCUUGCUGGGAUGACCAAGAUGUUUUAAAUGGAAAACCAACUGGUGCUGUCAGAGUAUCUUUUGGUUACAUGUCAACAUUUGAAGAUGCCAAGAAACUUAUGGAAUUUAUUGAAAGGUCCUUCGUGUCAAUUCAUUGCAGUGGAGGUGUUAUGAGCGCAAGAUCUUUAUUCCCUUUAAUCAAAGGAACUGAAAAGAUCAUCACUCUGUACUUCCUCAGAUCUAUUAUGGUCUAUCCAAUAAAGGCAUGUUCAGGUUUUAGUCGUGAUGACUGGCCUCUGACAAACACAGGGCUACUGCAUGACCGAGAAUGGCUUCUAAGGAGUGCCAGUGGUGAAGUCCUCACACAAAAGAAGAUUCCAGAAAUGUGUCUUAUCAAAACAUCCAUUGAUCUCGAGCUGGGUGUACUGUUUGUUGAGUCUCCUCGUUGCACAGAAAAACUGCAGAUUAAACUCGAGUACAAUUCGAAUGAUGCACUGCAAGGAGAAAUAGAUGUAAGAACUCAAAGGCACAAAGUCCAAAGUUAUGUCAUUGAAGUGAACAGUUGGUUCAGUGAUGCUGUCGGUCAAGCUUGCACUCUGCUACGAAAUUCUGGUUCCCUGAGAGGCAACUGCUCUAGGGGCAAUGGGAACUCUAACACAGGGAGUUGCAAUGAUAGUCAAGCCAAGUUGAAUUUUGUUAAUGAGGCCCAAUUUUUGAUGGUUUCUGAGGAAAGCGUUGCUGAUUUAAACAACAGGUUACGCUCAAGCGCUGAUGCAAAGGUGGUUGAAGUAAGUACGAUGAGAUUCCGACCCAACCUUGUCAUAUCCGGGGGCGAACCAUAUGCAGAAGAUGGAUGGAAGAGCCUUGAGAUAGGAGGCAAAUUAUUUACAUCCUUUGGUGGAUGCAGCCGGUGCCAAGUGAUUAACAUAAAUUCACACGGAGGUGAAAAGCUGCAAAGGUCGAAUGAGCCUUUGGCUACUUUAGCAGCAUACAGGAGAGUUAAGGGGAAGAUACUAUUUGGGAUAUUGCUGAGAUAUGAAGGUGCUGGGAAGGAUUCAGAUCCAUGGCUCCAUGUAGGCGAACAAAUAUUUCCAAAUCGUCAUUUGCUCGCUUAACAGCAAGUCUUAUGGAUGUUAUGGGGAGUGAGGGACUUUGAAUGUUUUUUGCUUGAGUAGCAGAAAUAUCUGGAGCUUCUAAAAAAGGCAGUAAUGUGCAAGUGUAAUCUCGGUUCUUUUGCUAUCAAUUUAGCAUGGAAAAAUAUGUCAUUAUAUUUUGAAGUUUUUGUAUGACUUAUUUGCAUUAUUUUGAAGAUAUACCUAAAUAGGUGUGUGAUUGAAGG